CCGCGCGAGGACACGGCCACAGCCGAUCCGAUCCGCACGCAGCUUCCCCGAGCCCGAUACUAUGUCAGCGGCUGGGCUGGCAGAAUGCAAGGACGGGGGGCGGGGCCAAGUCUCUCUGACCCAAUCGUUUGUUCCCACGAUCAGGCAAUCUCCAUGGCGACGUGGAACUCCCGCCCCCACUUCCGCUCUCUCGGGAGCAGAGGGAGUUCGAGAGGAAACCGGAAAUGAGCUGUUCAGGAGGCGGAGGAAAUGCUGGAAUGAAGGGGAAGGGACUUCCGGCCCCGCCCGGGAAGUGACGCGACAGUCGCGGCCUCAGGCAGGUAGAGCGGCCGGUGACUCCAAGUGCCGACGCGGCCCGAACCCGGCCCGGGCCCCGGGGCGGCCGCCGCUUCCGGGGACAGGCCCCGGGGGGCGGGCGGCGGGGAGACUGAGCUUCCUGUCCGGCAAAAGGAGGCUGAGGUCCGAGUUCAUCAUCUCCGACGUGAACUGGACGAUCGGCCUUCGGGGCCAGCCGGUGCCAAACUUUGGGAUCAUGUUUGCCGACAUGGACUAUGACAUCGAGGAGGAUAAGCUGUGGGAGGGAGGCCCUGGGGCCCCAGGGAGCUGUGGCUUUGGGGGCUCCUCCCUGCCCUCAUCGCCUUCUCCUUCCCUGUGGUCUAGUGGCAUCCCCACAGUGCCCGGGACCGUGACGCUGCAGAAGGAUUCCCAGAACCUGAUCGGGAUCAGCAUUGGGGGAGGGGCUCUGUACUGCCCCUGCCUUUACAUUGUCCAGGUGUUCGACAACACCCCCGCGGCCAUCGAUGGCACCGUGGCGGCCGGAGAUGAGAUCACUGGGGUCAACGGGAAGUCGGUCAAGGGGAAGACCAAGGUGGAGGUGGCCAAGAUGAUCCAGGUGGUGAAGGGAGAAGUGACGAUUCACUACAACAAGCUCCAAGCUGACCCCAAGCAGGGCCGGUCCCUGGACAUUGUUUUGAAGAAGGUGAAACAUCGGCUGGUGGAGAACAUGAGCUCGGGGACGGCGGACGCGCUGGGCCUGAGCCGGGCCAUCCUGUGCAACGAUGGGCUGGUGAAGAGGCUGGAAGAGCUGGAGCGGACGGCCGAGCUGUACAAAGGUAUGACGGAGCACACCAAGAGCCUGCUGCGGGCCUUCUUCGACUUGUCUCAGACGCACCGAGCCUUCGGAGACGUCUUUUCGGUGAUCGGCGUCCGUGAGCCUCAGCCGGCGGCCAGCGAGGCCUUCGUGAAGUUUGCCGAAGCCCACCGCAGCAUCGAGAAAUUCGGGAUCCGCCUCCUGAAAACCAUCAAGCCCAUGCUGACGGACUUGAACACGUAUCUCAACAAAGCCAUCCCCGACACCCGCCUCACCAUUAAGAAAUACCUGGACGUGAAGUUUGAGUACCUGUCUUACUGCCUGAAGGUGAAGGAGAUGGACGACGAGGAGUACAGCUGCAUCGCCCUCGGGGAGCCCCUGUACCGCGUGAGCACCGGCAACUACGAGUACCGCCUCAUCCUGCGGUGCCGCCAGGAGGCCCGGACGCGGUUCGCCAAGAUGAGGAAGGACGUGCUGGAGAAGAUUGAGCUGUUGGACCAGAAGCACGUCCAGGACAUCGUGUUCCAGCUCCAGCGUUUCGUGUCCACCAUGUCCAAGUACUAUGACGAUUGCUACGCGGCCUUGCGGGACGCCGAUGUCUUCCCCAUCGAGGUGGACCUGGCCCGGACCACCCUGGCCUACGGCCAGAAGGACCUGUACACGGAGGAGGAGGAGGAGGAGGGGGCGGCCGCCCCGGGAGAGGCCCGGGGGCCCCGAGACUCCCAGGAGGAGAACGGCGAGAAGCUCAUAGACAUGCCUGAGUGACCUCCCGGAGCCCCAGGUGGGGUGCGGGGCUGCUGCGGGGGGGGGGAGCCGGGAGGGGACCCCUGGACCGACCGCCCGAGGUGACUGAUAAAGACCCGCUGGUGUGGGGGCUGCCGUCUCAUCUCUGCUCCUCCGUCCCAGGCCCAGGGGGGGGGCCCAGCCGCAGUGUCCCCCUCCACCGGCCUGGCUGUGGCUCCCCCCGGGACCCCCAGUCAUUACCCAUCUAGUGUCUCUUCCCCAGCUAGGGGGAGAAGGGAAGGAGAGAAAAAGACCCAUCCCCAAGGAUGAGGCCGGGCAAGGGGCCGAGCCCCAGUCCCGCUUUGCAUCUCCUGAGCUGCCCUCAGGGAGGGCCCUCCUCCCUCCCCCCUGCCCUAAUCUGGCCCCCCUCCCAGUUUCUAGUCCUCCCUGGCAGGCCUGGGGGAGGAGGUAGAGGCCGGACCCCCUCCACUGCUGGGGGCCAGGCCUGUCUUUCCCACCCUACUUGCCCCAAAGCAGCUGCUGGGGUGGGCAGCUUCACUUGCCUUUCCCCCACUACUCUUUGAAACUGGGUCUCCUCCAAAGUGGGCCAGCCCCCCAAGGUUCUGCUGUGGGAUGGGGGUGACCAGACCUCACACUCAGGGGCGUCCCUUAUUUAUUUGGCCCCCCCCCGGCCCUCUGCUUGUGCUCUGAGGCUCCGGUGCCUUGGGCUGGGGCUGGGGAGGGGCCGGGGGUUGGGAAUCCUGUACUUAAUAAAGAGAAAGCUGCAUUAUGACUUUUCAGUGACUGCCCCUCCUGGGCUCAGUGAGGGCCUCUGGAAACACAGGCCUCUGAACUCCGCCUUAACUGACUGGGCCCCUGCCUGGCCUCCUCCCACUGCUCCCUGCCCCCCAGGUCUGGUCUGGGGGCCGCUCAGCUCCCCGGCCCCUCCGCCCUGCUGGCCCCACCUGCCGACCGCUCCCCGCAACAGCAACGUGCUCCCUGCCAUCCCCAGGUGCCCACCAUGCCCGCCAUGCCUCUAAAAAAAAAAAAGAAAAGAUGUUUUUAUUGAUGCCUUUUGUUUUUCCUAUCACAUUCACCCCCUUUGUGUAUCUCCCCAUCGAGCGCAGGGAAAGGAGCAGCUCGGUAAAGCCGGCGCCUCCCGACCGCAUCAGCGGCAGAUACGCCUCUGAGCAAGGGGGGAGGCGUGUCUUCUCCAGAACAUACGUGGCCGUUACUUCCGUCUUUAAUGUUUUAAAAGCUUUAUCGAUGAGUUGCAUCUUGUUACGUUACCAUGGCUCCCCGCUCCGGACCACAUGUGGCUCCCCCUCCCAGAGAGCCACGAGGAGGAAAGGGCCAAGUAAUUGUCCCGGAAACCUGUCCCACCCGUGGGCCUCCGACGCCCACAACGCACUGGGGCUUCCUAGCUCUUAUUCAUGGUUUUGCAGCCUUCCCUUGAAGGCUGCUGUUUUGGUGGUUCUUUCCAUUUCCAUUGUUGUCUCUCUGUGUAGUUUGUUCUUUCGGCCUUGCUGAUUUCCUCCUGCAUCAGUGCUUCCCAUCUUCUCAGUAUUCACUCCCCCACAGUCCUUAGCAGCGGAAUCUUGCCCCGUUACAGAUUUGGUUCAACCAUUGCCCUGUUGGAGAACAUCGACUUGGUUUCCAAUUCUUAGCUGUCACAAAAAGUGCUGCUGUAAACAUCUCGGUAUAUAUAGAGAGAGACUUCAUUAAUGAUCUACUUAAUAAUCAUAGGAAGGGAGUCUCGGGAUCAAAGGGGGAUGGACAAUUUUUAAAAUUAAUGAUCCCCUUCUUAAUAAACAUAGGAAGAGUCAGGAUCAAAUGAGGUGGACAUUUUUUUAAUUAAUGAUCUCUUUAAUAAACAAGCGUCUCAGGACCAA